AGUCGAAUAGAAAACGAUUGAAAGAUGAAAAGCGUAUUCUUUCUCUCUCUGUUUUUUGUAGCAGCAGUAGUUGCUAGAAAAGGCGUCGGUCCCACCGACCAAGAAUGGGGCUAUGUCACCGUCCGCGAGAACGCCCAUAUGUUCUGGUGGUUCCAUUCCACUUUGGCCAACGUGAAGAACAUAACCGAAAGGCCGCUGGUCAUCUGGCUGCAAGGGGGCCCUGGCUCCUCCUCGACCGGAUACGGCAACUUCGCUGAAUUGGGCCCCCUCGAUACGGACCUGAAUCCGAGGAAUACCACGUGGUUGAACCACGUCAACCUGCUUUUCGUCGACAAUCCAGUGGGGACAGGAUACAGUUACGUGGAGGACUCGGCUUACGCGACUACCAACCGGCAGAUAGCUGAGGAUUUCGUGGAACUUCUAAGAGGCUUUUAUGCUACCCUUCCGGAAUUCGAGACUGUUCCGCUCUACAUUUUCUCCGAGUCUUAUGGCGGAAAGAUGACUGCUGAGAUAGCGUUGGUUCUUCACAAUGCAAUUCAACAGGGCAAUAUUAGUUGUGACUUGAGAGGAAUUGGUCUAGGAGAUUCAUGGAUUUCCCCUAUCGAUUCAGUUAAAACUUGGGCACCAUAUUUGCUGAAUCUUGGAAUUAUAGAUGGAGAUGGUUACAAAGCCAUUAUGGCAGCUGCAAAUGAAACUGAAGCUGCUAUACUAGAAGGAAACUACGAGCAAGCGACAAGUAUGUGGUCAUAUGCAGAAUAUGUUGUGCAGGCGGCUUCUAAUUACGUUGAUUUUUAUAACGUAUUGACCAGAAACACUCUCUCAAGUAGCACAGUACAAAUGCCUGCAGUCGAUCCUAAUGCUGAUGAAAAAGUCAAUGGAUUGAUGACUGGUGUAGUACAGAGAGCACUGAACGUUUCUCAUGUUUGGCAAAGUCAGAGCAACGGAGUAUCUGAAUAUCUCACAUCCGACUUCAUGAGACCAGUUAUAAGUAUAGUUGAAGAGAUUCUGAAUUCAACGGAUAUACAAGUGGCGGUGUAUAAUGGCCAGCUUGAUCUCAUUGUCGAUACCCUAGGAACUGUCGCUUGGGUUGAAAAGAUGAAUUGGAAUACAAAACCUUUAUGGCAAUCCGCUGGAAGAAAUGGAUUUAUCAACGAUGGUUACUAUGAAGGAUAUGUUCAGAAAGCAGAAAAUUUCGCUUUUUAUUGGGUAGAUAGAGCAGGGCACAUGGUACCCGCUGACAAUCCAUCAGCCAUGUACUACAUCUUGAGAGACGUUACGGAUAAUUUCUCAGUUUGAAUUAUUUGUUGUAAAUAAAACACACUAUCGUUACAC